AUGAGAUUAGAAAUAUUUUUCAAUGGAAGUAAUAAAAAAGUAAAUAAAUAAAUUGAAUAAAUCAAGUUAAGCAGUAUUUAGAAAAAAAUACAAUAUAAAUUUAUAUUUUUCUUUAUCCAAACUAAUUUUAGAAUAAAAUUUGUUAUAGCUUAGAGAUUUCAAUAUGAAAGAAAGCCUUUACACCCUCUAUCAAAAUCAAAAGCUAUUUAAAGAGAGAGCUUUUUUAAAAAUGAUGGAAAAAUAAAAAUUUCAUGCAUCUAUCUUUCUUUGUAAAAAAUAUUUCUUUUUGUUGUCUAUAAAAAGUAAAUAUUUUUAACCUGUAUUUGCUCCUAGAAGAAAUUUAAAAAAAACAAAAAAAAAAAUAAAAACUCUAUAAGCAGUAACAUUGGUUUAAAACAAACAAGCAACCAUUUUUAAUUUUAACUAAAACCAAUUUUGGAAUUUAUAAAUAAUAUGGUUUUUAAAAGCCAGGUACAUAUUUUUAACACAAUUGUAAUGAAUUACUUUUACUUUAAAGUAAAAACUGUGAAGAAAAGCUUAAUUUUUGAUUGA